CUAUCGACGACUUGCGGUAAAUUUUAUUUACGGCGUACUCUACUGUCACAUGUGAAGGCCCGUCGGCCUGGAGCGAUCAAAGUCGGCGUCAAUCAGAAGUUGAUCAAGACACUACUAGAUUACAAGGACAGCCUUUCUAAUGGCCCAUAUACUGGGCUUACGGUGCGCGCUCAUUCAAUUGAAUUUCACCUUGUCGUAUCCUCGCUGUUAUUCAUCUCAAUGAACGUCGAGCUAUGGACUACCGCAAGCUGUACUACUAUUUUGGCCGUUGCGGUCUUCAUUUGUCUCUCCGAAGGCAGAAGACGUUCUCAGGAGUUACUCCGUGAUGUCCCAAUGCCAGGCGGUGCCUCAUUAUUGUGGGGCCACGAGAGGAUGGUUUCACAAGUGUCUGUAGGAGAGGCGUACGCACAAUGGAUGGACCAGCUACAUUCGCAAACUAUCAAGAUUCACGGAGCCUUAUUUAAACCUGACAUUCUCGUUGUGGCAGAUCCACUCGCGGCAACACACAUCAUGCAAAGACAUGUUUACGAUUAUCCUCAUAGUGAUGUGGUACGGCCUCGCAUUGCUAGGCUUCUUGGGAAAUCCCUGGGCUGGGUUGAAGGCGAAACAGAGCAUAAGCGAAUGCGCAAUCUCGUAGCACCAUCUCUGGCUCCUGACGCAUUGCGAAGUGGUACCGCCGAUACAUAUGGAGCUGCAGAAAAAAGCACGGUGGCUCAACCGUCAUUGGAAGCGAUCGGCCGUCUUGGAUUCGGACAUGAUUUUGGUGGUGGACGCAAUGGUGAUGCUCAGAAAAUCCUAGGGGUCUGGAGGACUAUGGCAGCUAUGGGGGUGUCUCGAGUGGGCCCCAUGGCCGUGAUGAUGCUCCGCCGUUUCCCAAUAUUCAAUAGUCUGCCGCUGAAGGCACUUCGUGUUCAAGGUGAUGUCCGUAAAACAAUCCAUGAGGGUGUAGCAAAGGAACUCCUUCGCCGCAAUGCAAAUACGGACUUGAGAAUCAGAGACAAUGAUCUUCUCGCAAGAUUGAUCUCUGCUCACGAAGCUGGGUCAAUUGGGACGGACGAACUUAUGGAUCAUGUAAGCAUGGCAGGAUCAGAAACGACGGCACAGUCCCUCGCCUACGCAAUAUGGGAACUCGCUCUCAACCCACACGUUCAAACACGCCUAAGAGAGGAAGUUAUGGCUUAUCAUGGCUCACCAUCAUAUGAUGACUUGCAAACGCAACUCCCGUACCUUGAUGCUGUGACUCGGGAAGUUCUCCGGCUCCACCCUGCAUUGCCAUACAUGGAACGAAUUUCGUCGAAGGAAGAUGUACUGCCCCUGCGCCAUCCUAUCACUGGGAAACAAGGACAGGAAUUAUCCUCAAUUCCGAUAGCCGCCGGACAGACAGUAAUCAUUCCCAUCACAACUAUCAAUACGAUGUGCUCCGUUUGGGGUGACGGCAAGAAGUUUCGCCCUGAUCGGUGGAUGGGCGAUUUGCCACCAAAGGAUCUUUGUUCCACAGGGUGGUCGCGUAUGCUGACCUUCAGCGAUGGCCCUCGAAUCUGUAUAGGGUACAAAUUUGCUAUACUUCAAUUCAAGGUUAUCCUCCUUACUUUGGUUCGCCGGUUCGAGUUCAAAGACACAGGCGUAAGGGUUAUUGAUAAAGUCGCGUCGAGUCUGCAGCCUGUGGUUCAAGGUCAAGAAGAGUUGGGGCCACGAUUACCUGUACAUGUAUCAUUAUGUUGAAACGUACGACUGGCUGUCAGUAGU